AUGCAACAUAAAAUUAAAGGUUUCCUCAACCAUCGUCCGGUGACUGUCGCUCUUACGGUGGCGCUUUUCGCGCGAGUGGCCAUCGCUUUGGAGCCCCAUGUGACCCUGACAUCCGACGAUGGGACCCAGUACUUGUUAUAUCGCACCGGUGCUCCCAUCACUGCCGCUGCAGCUUCCGACAAAUGUGCGAGCGCCGGCGGCACCCUCGCAUCCCUCGCAUCUGCUGAACAGGUCGCUGCCACACUUUGGUCGCAGCCCGUGGUCGACGCUGCAGCUGAGGAAACUGUAUUAAUGUGGACUGGUCUGAAACUCACUUGGCCUAACAAGGCCGCCGCCCAUCGCCGCAUGCUGCGCGGAACAAUCAACAGUGGCAGCGACGGCUUCCUUGCUAAUCUCUUCACCUCCAGCAAUUCCGUCGUCUAUGAAGAUGGUAACGAAGAUGACAGCGAAGACGAAGGCGUAGCUCUGGUCGAGCGACUCCUCAGCCAGAUGGACGCGACUACCGAUUUCCUUGUCCCGACUCACCUUCCGGGCGGCCAACGCCGCCUACCGGAGCUUAUUCGCCUCUGGCUAUUUCAACAGCAGCACCAAGAACAGCAGCAUCAACAAGAAAAAUCAGGAACCCAGAUUGCCCGGCAUCGUCAUCUCCUGGCCAGUCCUGAUGGUGGCUCUCCAUUUCUUGAAGGUGCCGAAUUAACCUGGGACGACGGCAGUGACGCAGACUUUGUACUUUCGAACACGGCCAAUAUGGGCUUUCUGGCCUGCAAUCGGAAAAAAAUGGCCGCCUGCUGCGGCGCCGUGUUCGACAUCGGCCCCCAUCCGUACCCGGGAUCCGAUUUCCCCACCAUUUUCUUCUAUCCCUGCGGGGCGGAGAAGGUCAGCGGUGUCACGCAGCCCUCGGGCUUUAUGUGCCGGACGGGGAAGGCCGCCGUGGUGGCGGAGCUGCCGCGGCCUACUACGUCAUCGUUACCCAAAGCGCCGUACAUACCGCCUCCGACAGUGCAAGCCGAACACCUACAGCAACGACGGCACCCAGUGCAAGAAGUGCCCGCGGGGAUCCACGUCUACUCGGGGCGCGUCUGGGUGCAAGUAGGCGGCUCUGGCGGGUCGACGUUGAGGACCUGGAAGGCAGUGAAGACCGCCCCGGUCUCCGGGCCCGUUCUGUCUCACCUUCCUGCCGCGCGGGGUGACGCUCCGCGGCACUAUGUGGGUUAG